AUGCUGGCAAAGGCUGUUCUAGUUAUCACGCUCUUCGCUGUAGCGAUUGCACGGCCUCAAGGUCACGACCAACACCACGGUCACAGUCACGCUAUUUCGUCACAAAGCGUCGUACUGCACCACACCCACGAGACCAAACACCCUGUACACCACGAGGAGCACCAUGAGGAGCACCACGAGGAACAAGGCAAGAAACACGAACAGAACCACCAUGAUGAACAUCACCAUAAGAAACAUCAUCAUAAGGAACACCACGGUCACGCUUCUUCCUCACAGAGCAUCAAACAGCAUCAUGGAAAAGCCACUGAAAAACACGUCGAAUACUAUUCCCACCCUAAGUACGAGUUCGCGUACAAAGUGGAGGACCCUCACACCGGUGACAAGAAGUCCCAACAUGAAUCUCGUGAUGGUGACGUCGUGAAGGGCGUGUACAGUCUGCACGAGCCCGACGGUACUGUCAGGAUCGUGGAAUACCAUGCUGACAAGAAAACUGGUUUCAACGCCAACGUCAAGCGUGAGGGUCACGCCAAACAUAUUGUUCCCAAGCACCAUCACCACCAUUGA